GCAGCACAGGGCAGGCUGCCGGGAGCGGGCGCAGCAAGGCAGCCCUGAUCCGAGUGGGCAGGGGGAGGCGAAGGCAGCGCUCGCCCCGCUGGCCGGCAGCCCGCUCAGCGCGCCUGGAGCCGGGGCAGAGGCGAUGCUGCGCUAGCCAUGUCCAAGCCCCCGCCCCCCUCCUACGGCAAGAACGGGCUGGGGGACGGGCUGCACCCCCCCGUUUUCCAGGUGCCUCCCCCUCCCUCCGCCCCUGCUCCGCUCUCCGCCUUCCCAGCUCCGGGCUCCGGCGGCUGCCUGGGCGCGGGGAGCAUCGCCUCGGCGCCGGGCUGCAAUGGCUGCGGUGGCCCGCGGGACGGCGACCCGGCGGAGCCGCUUGAAACGAUCCGACGGCAGCACAACGUCCACCAGUUUCAUCCUCCGGCAGGGAUCAGCAGAUUCAUACACAAGCAGACCAUCAGAUUCUGAUGUAUCUUUGGAAGAGGACAGAGAAGCAAUCCGCCAGGAGAGAGAACAGCAAGCAGCUAUUCAGCUUGAAAGGGCAAAGUCUAAACCUGUAGCGUUUGCAGUUAAGACUAAUGUGAGUUACUGUGGCGCACUGGAUGAAGAUGUUCCUGUCCCAAGCACUGCCAUCUCUUUUGAUGCCAAGGACUUUUUGCACAUUAAAGAGAAAUAUAAUAACGACUGGUGGAUAGGAAGGCUGGUUAAAGAGGGCUGUGAGAUUGGCUUCAUUCCAAGCCCACUUAGGCUGGAGAAUAUCCGAAUUCAGCAGGAGCAGAAGAGAGGACGUUUCCAUGGAGGGAAAUCAAGUGGAAAUUCUUCUUCAAGUCUUGGAGAAAUGGUGUCUGGCACAUUUAGAGCUACACCCACUUCCACAGCAAAACAGAAACAAAAAGUGACGGAACAUGUUCCUCCUUAUGACGUAGUGCCAUCCAUGAGGCCCGUUGUGUUAGUUGGCCCAUCUCUGAAAGGUUAUGAGGUAACAGACAUGAUGCAGAAAGCCCUCUUUGACUUCCUGAAGCACAGGUUUGAUGGGAGGAUAUCAAUAACUAGAGUGACAGCCGACAUUUCUCUUGCUAAGAGGUCUGUCCUAAAUAAUCCGAGCAAGAGGGCAAUAAUUGAGCGGUCGAAUACCAGGUCCAGUUUAGCUGAAGUGCAGAGUGAAAUUGAAAGAAUCUUUGAGUUGGCAAGAUCCUUACAGCUGGUUGUCCUAGAUGCGGAUACUAUCAAUCAUCCAGCACAACUUAUUAAGACAUCUUUAGCACCGAUUAUUGUUCAUGUUAAAGUGUCAUCUCCAAAGGUUUUGCAGCGACUGAUUAAAUCCAGAGGAAAGUCACAAAGUAAACACUUAAAUGUUCAGUUGGUGGCAGCUGAUAAACUUGCACAAUGUCCACCAGAAAUGUUUGAUGUCAUUUUGGAUGAAAAUCAGCUUGAGGAUGCAUGUGAACAUUUGGCAGAAUACCUAGAGGCAUAUUGGCGUGCUACGCAUACCACCAGUAGCACACCUAUGACUCCUCUUCUUGGAAGAAACCUAGGAUCGACUGCCCUUUCACCAUACCCUACUGCAAUCUCUGGAUUACAGAGCCAGCGUAUGAGACAUAGCAACCACUCUACUGAGAACUCUCCAGUUGAACGAAGAAGCCUAAUGACCUCUGAUGAAAAUUAUCACAAUGAAAGGGCUCGGAAGAGCAGGAACCGCUUGUCUUCCAGUUCCCAACACAGCCGAGAUCAUUACCCACUUGUGGAAGAAGAGUACUCUGACUCUUACCAGGACACUUACAAACCCCAUAGGAACCGAGGAUCGCCUGGAGGAUAUAGCCAUGAUUCACGACAUAGGCUUUGAGUUUAAGAACCUGGGGAAAAAAUAGUAUUCAUUAGUUGACAACUUUCCAUAACAUAGCUAGGAAAAACAAAUCAUCUUAAUUUAGCAGGUGUAACACGGUUUUACUGUAGUUACAAGCUGCUGUCAUUUGAUGCUUAAAAAAAGGAAGAGGGGAAGAAAUUCACCAUGCCCUGAUGUUUAGGAGGAAAUUAGUUUGCCCAAUCAUCCUGGAUUUUUUUUUAGUACAGCAUUUGCAUUUAUAGCAGUACCUUUUUUCCUCGUUAGCUAUUAAACAUAUCAGUUUGUAAUUUAGGGUACUUAUAAAGGCACAUAUAAAACAAUUUCCUGUGCUGGAAAUUCCAAAUGACCAGUUCCAGUUGGAACCAAUUUAUAAACCAAUUCUUGUUGGAAUUUGGGUGAACUGACUGGAAAGUCGACUUGAACAAGUUGCAAUCAAUUGAAAAAAAAUGCAGAUGAAGAAAUAGAAAAUUUAACCACUAUCAGCCAAAAAUCAGCUACAGUAUGUUUGCUGGAAGCUAAAUUUACACUCAAGGUUAGAAUAAAAACAUUUUAAUGUAUAUUCACUUUUCCUGAAUGGCUUUUUCAGACUAACCAAAUGUAAACCAUUUGUAGUGCCAAAUAUCACAAAUUAAUGCAGCAGUUUCAAAGUACUUUCCUGUUUGAAAAUUUCUUUAUUUUUUCUCCUGACACGUACGUUGCAGCAAUUUUUUUUCAUUUGUUUAGUCAGUACUGAUACUUUUGUUGUGGUCAGCAAUGAUGAUACAAACUUCAGCAAAAUGGAAGAGACCAGUAGGAGUAUGAACAAAUGCAAGCCUAGCAGGAAUGACGAGUUUGAGAGUACAUGGCUGUUCUUUCUUUGGUUCAUAAUCACAAAAUCCAAUAUCAAACAGUAGAGAUGUGAUGCUUUUUCUCCCAUUCUCAAUGUUCUGCCAUGUCAAAUAGAAAACUGAUCCAUUCUCCCAACCACACAUGUAUAGCAUGUACUGUAUUUACAUUCCCACACAAUUGAGUACCUUCACAUUACAUUUUUCAGUUUCCCUCUUUGAAUGUCUGAAAAUUCCAGCAUCACACAAGAACCCUCCCUAGCCACAUCAUUUAAAUUUUAUUGAUAAAAGCAAAAUUUUUUUCCAAAUGCCUGUAAAUUAUAAAACAAAGAUUCCAAAAGAUACAGCUUGCAAUAAAAACAGAAUAGAGUACCACAGAAGGUCUGCUCACUGUAAAAUUAUAGAGCUGACAUUUUUAAUUCAAAGAACUAUGAUAAAGUCUUUGGAGAUUUUGCUGCCUUACUUCUAAUGAACACUGCUUUUCACCUACUGACUAUUCAGUUUUUUUAAUGGAUACAUUUAUAUAGUUAGACCUUAUAUCGUACAUUAUCAUCGAAGCCUUAGAUCCAAUAUGAUUGAAAUAAUUAUUGUAAUUGACCAUUUUAUACAACACACUGGUGUCGUUAAGCAUAGACUCUUUCUGAAACACCCCAGACACUGCAUGCAUUUUCUAAAACUGACAGAACUAUGUGUAAAAUAUCAUUUUAUGCUGGUUCAUGUCAAAGCUAUUUUUUGAAAAUGAAAGUAAUUACGUUUUUAUAUUUUUCUGUUUCUUUCCCAAAGCCUCCUGAGAGGUAGGCUAUAAAAGCAUGUAGCACUAAACAAAUUUCCUGAAUGUUAUGAUGUCUUCUACUUUCUGGACCAGUUAACAAAGAUGCUUUUGAUAUUUUUCCCCACUAGCGAGCCUGAGCAUCUGCUUAGUGAUGACAACUUGAAAUGUAAUUCACUACAUAUCUGGUACAACCAAAAUAAUACAUGUCUCUAACAGCAAAAGAUAAUGGAUGCAACUCUGGCUUUUUGGAUAGGUUUACUGCAUAAAAGACGCCUUUAAUGAUCUGUCACUAGAUGAUUCAGUUGGGCCAAUUGUCAACAACUAAAACAUAAAAUACUUGCAUCCACUGGAGUAAUAAAGUUAAGAAUUAACAUAUAGGGUCAGUCCCUGCUGCCCUUUUUCAGGUUACACUCCUAUUGAUCUCAGUGUGAGUUUGGCCUGAGGCACUAAUGCAGGAUCAGCCCUCAUAGUGGUGGCAUAUGCUGCCAUUUCUAAUAUGUUACAACACAGUGGAACAUUCUCCAAUAAUAUUUACAAGUCUUUGUUACAUGUACAGCACACAUCUGCAUGAGAAAGAAGGUAUUAGGCAAAACAUUUUUCUAUAAGCUUUGACAGUUUCUUUUUGUGUGCAUUAAAGUAUUAAUUGCAAAGAAUGCACUGAAAUGUAUAAAGCUAGAUUAGACAGCUGUUUAUAUUUAUUCUGUAGUAGGAUUAGGAAUCAGAUCAUUAACUGCUUGAAGAUAUUUGCAUUUUAUGACAGGUAGCUGCAACACUACUAAUAUUUUCUAGUAAAUGAGAUUACUGCUUUAUCAUUUCAGAGACAAAAAUGUCAUUUAUUUUUAAAGCCUUUUGGAGCCUUGUUUUAAAGUCUUCCAUGUCAUGCUAGUAAAGGGAAAGAUCCCCACAACACACAUGCACAAAAUUCACCUGCUGCAUUGUCUGAAGUGCCAAAACCACUUUUGUUUAACGUUCUUAUGAAAAUAACCUGUUGAAAGUAGUCAUGUAUAUGUCUUGAAGGAAAAUUUUGAAUGUUUACCUUAAUUCUGCAGGUUUAUUUUAAGUUUACCUUCCUUUUCUGUAUGAUUUAUACCCCCUCAUUCUAAUACUUAAAUAUCAUCAAAGUUUGCUUGUUUUGUUUUGCUUUUGUUUUUGUUUUGCAGGGAGAUAUAUACUGUUAAAGUAUAUGUUUAUAUAAAAUGCUGACAGGAAUACAUUUCAUUGUGAGUAAAUGCUAUUGGGAAUCUUUCUUUUACAAAUUAUUUUUUAGGAAACAAAAAAAAUAAUAAGAGCUGCAAUGCUGAUUAAGGCCAUUUAAAUUCAUAGUAUAAACUAUGUAUUAGAACUUCUACAAUGUUAGCCAGCCAUCUUGUGUGGGUUUUUUAUGCAAUGGCUUUAUGUGAAGAUGUGAAAUUAAUGUAGUCCUGAAUGAGUAGGAAUAAGACUAAUUUUUCCAAUCCUGCUAUAAUUUCUCAUGAUUAUUAUAACCUGAUUAUAGUAACAAUCAGGAUUCUACUGCUACGCUCCAGUAUAUACACAAGUAUUUAUUUAGAAAUGUUUAUAAAAUGUUGAUGGUUCUUUGUUAUUUUUAUAGGUUUUUAUUUAAGACUUUUGGGGUUAAUGAUAAUUUAGGCAGUGAUAGCCUAUGCUGAUAUGACAAUCUCAGUGACAUGAUCAUCUAAAGACAGUAUGCUUCAAUGCAUUCAUUUGCCUGACUAUAAUUGAAGAAUGAAUUAAUUUUAAAAAUGGCACAUAUUUAUAAGAAUUGUAAUUGUUCCCCUCAAACUUGAAUUAUUAUUUUUUAAUUUUACAGAAUGUUUUCAUCUCUUUUGCUAUUUAUGUAGUUGAGCAACAGGCAGUUGUAAACUGGGUACAUUUUCUGACAUACAAUAUAUUAGGAAAUUAUUGUUUUUAAAAAAAGAUAACUAAGGCUGUUUUGAAGUCAUUUUAACUUAAACACUGUGGGCCAUAUCAUGCCAUCAUUUUCGAAACAAAACUUUCUGUUGAGUUUAGUGGAUCACUGUGCUUAGAAAUCCAUGUACAUUAUGACCCUGGGACCUAGAUUUUGCCCGCAGAACUGAGUUUCCCAUUGAAGUAAGUGGAACUUGCACCCUGACUACUUAUUUUUGUGCUCAGUAAAGCAAGAGUAGUUUUUGUAGCAAUAGCUUUUGCUAUUUAUGCUACCUCUUGACUAGAGAACAUGAGCCUGAUUCUGAUCUCCCAUAUUUCUGACUUACACUUAUAAAGCCAGAUAUAAAUCAGGUGCACCUGAGAUUAGAAAAAUUCCCAAUGUCUUCAGUAAACACAUGCCAAUAAAUCGUACUCAGAAUGUUAGUGUUGGCUUGGCUGCAAGUGGAAAUACACUUGACUAUGGGCUGGUCUACACUACACAACUAGGCUGACAUAAGGCAGCUUAUGUUGAACUCCUUAUGUCAGUGUCUACACUACAGUCUUCCUCUAGUCAAUGUAAGUGCCCUACUACACCAACAUAAUAACUCCCCCUCCAGCAUAGGCAUAAGAGCCAUGUAAUUAGCGUGAUGCCCUGUCUGUGUAGACAUUGUGUCCCUUACAUCCACAGCCUGGUCUAUUUCACAGCAGGAGUCAUGAAACUGACAAGAAAGCCUCUGCUCCCCUGGAGAGCUGGGUAGUUGGACCCUGCUCCCAGCUGGGAGCUGGGGUGAGAAGCCCAAGCGUCCCCCUGCCCGCUCCCUGCGAGGAGCCCACCUGGCUCCCAGUGGGAGCGGGCAGCAGGAGGGCAAGAAGGGCAGAUGGACUCUGCUCCCUGACAGCAAGAAGACCAGGGUGGCUUCCUCCCACUCCCAGCAGGGAAUGGGGUGGCGAGAAGCCCAGGGCGCCUUCCCCCCUGCUCCUGGCAGGGAACAGGGAGCAGGGAAGCGGAAGCCUGUGGAGAACCCAGGAGCCUGUGGGCCAGCCAAGCUUCUAGUAGGGAGCUGCUAGCAGAGCUGAGAGACUGGGCUCUCAGCUCCCCACACUGCCCCCUCUUAGGUCGGUGGAAGUGCUCCUGGUGAGGAUGCGCACAACUGACCCAAGGAGGGUAGUGGGCACAUGCACCACAGCAGUAAUUACUGUGGUGGCUGUAAGUUGUCCUAAUAUAGGUCGACUUAGGUUUGUAGUGUAGAUAUACCCGGUUUUAAAACUCCUUUUAUAACUGACCUUUGGAUAUUACAUCCUUUCUUUGCUCCUUGCUUUUUAAGCUAGUGUUUGUGAGAAUAAAGACUGUAAGUAAGGAGAAAAGUAAUUUUAAGACCAAGAAACUACUGGAGAGUGAGUGCUUAUGGUAGUUCUUUUCUGUGCCACAAGCUAUCUGCUUCUAUAGAUAAUGGUAGUUACCAUAGGGGUGCACAGGUCCAUAACUUCAAGUUCAGUUCCAUUUCAGACGAAUCUUCAGAAUUCACCUUGGUCUCUAUUCCACAUCCUUCUUUAAACUUCCCUGGGUUUACAGCCCUCACUAAUGUUCCUCUGUAUCAUUCUCAGAAGCACACACUUAGUAGUCCUUAUUGUAUAGUUACUUGAGUAAACACGGACAGUUGGCUAUUUGAUCAGUCCAUUUGCUUUAUAUAGGAAUAAAUUAAAUUUAUCCCUUGCUCAUAUAUUGAUUUCUGGAUUCAGCAGUCACAAAACCUCACCGUGACUCCAUGUUGUUCUUGAAUUUUUUUAAAGCAGAGUACGCAUCCUGACUGGUGAAUGAAAAAUGGGAUGCAAAAUUGUGUACAGUAGAAUCUGAUUUAUGCAAACUCCUCUUACCCAUAAAGAAGCCCCGUUGUUUGAAAAUUGGGUUACGUUUCCCAACUUGCAUGAUUAGUUUGGAUAAAUGGAUUCAGCUAUAAUCUAUUUUGCUCCAGUAAUCUCUCAUGCCUUUAAAUAGUAGUUCAAUUGAUAACAAUGGGGCUACAAAAUAGUUACCUAGCCAAGUCCAAAUUUGGUGAAGACUAUCUCCUGCUGUCUUUAUACUUUAUUGUCAAAAGGGAAUACAUCCUUUUAAGAGCAAUCAUCCAUAUUGGCCUUGUUCUAUGAUUAUUUAAGCCCAACAUACUCUAUGUAGAAAAAGAAUGGUACAUUUUGAUAAUAUCAUAGAAAAUAUCUAAAUGAAUGAAUUUGGACAAAGGGCUGUAAACUCUACCUAGGAUCAAAAGUUUGUUAUAAAUAAUGGAGGCAAACAUAUUUUUCUGAUUUGUGGAAUAUGCUUAUGUAUGCUUCUAGAGAAACUUCCUCCUUUCUUCAAUUCCUGGGAUCCAAGUGAAGUGUUUUGGAAGAAGAUAGAAAUAAUAAUAAUAAUAAACUUACGAGUUUAUCAUUCUUUCUAGGUACAUCUAGUAGCUAUUUCCUUUGAAAUUAUGGUGGCCAAGGUGAGAGCAACCAUUGACACCUUUUGGCGUGGUCUUCAUGCUGCUUCACAGUAGACUUGCCUUUUCGGUACUGCCACUACAAUUUUUAAGCAAUGAACUACUGUUUGUACUUUCUAGGGCUGGAUCCUGAAAAUGCUUACUGCUGACCAUAAUGCUUUAUUAAUGUUAAGUCCAGUAAUAAGCAUUUGCAAGUUCUGGCCUACAGUGUUGCAUACCGUUUAUCAUAUGCCUUACAAAUAUUUUCUGGGACAUUAUUAAAAAGAGAGCAUUCUAUUGCCAAAAUAACCCUUUGUUAUUACUUCUACUCUGUAUUAGUACUAGAAAAUAAAGUAAUGUAGCAAGAAAUUAUAUUGUACAGUACAAAAUUAUAUAUAUUUUUUGCCAAUAAUAUAAAAAAUAGAGCAAGGAAAAAAAGCACAUUUGUAAUAGCACAAAUUUACAAGAAAUCCAUUUUACAUUUGCCAUUGCAUUUUUAAAAAAGUAGGUACGUUGUUGAUCCAGUUUCAAUGGAUUUAUUGCAUUUUCCAUCACUUUAACUUGCUGCCUGACACUUCUCCAGCAAUUUAUUUUACAGUCUUGCAAUUUGCUUAUGUAAUUUGAUUUUUCCAUGAAAUUUUAUCCCUCUUCAAUGUUAACUCAGUAAAAAAAAUCAGUCUUUUAAAAUUAGAAAAUUUGUUAUACUCAUUUCUCUUAUUUCUACUUCCAAAUUUUGAAAUCAUAUAACUAUAAGUGAGGUCUUGAUUAGUGCUCAUUAAUAAUUUUUUGGCAUAAAGAACUGAAGAAUAUGCCAUUAAUCAUAUUUGUAGUCCAAGGUCUGUAAUGGAAAUGAAAAUAUCUCAAACAAAAUGCCAUCCUGGGGCUAUAAAAGCAUUUUUGCCAUUGCAUACUAUUCUGCUGUUGGGGAGAGGGGUUGAACUAUGUAAAAGCUACUAAAGGGUCUAUACUAGCCCACCUAAAACUUCCAGGGAAAUUACCAGGAGUUCUAUAUAUGCAAGGAAUGCAUGCUCAGGCCUAAAAUAUGUAUAAAUUUGAAAUAAGCCUGAUUCUUCUCCCAUAUACACUGGUGAAGUCAAUGGUGUUGCACAGUAUAGGAGGAGAAUCAAGCCAAAUAAAAUUCUGUAUGUGCAUUAAAAAUAGAUGUGGCAAAAUAAUGUGGUGAAAACAAUCAUC